CCUUUUGUAAUUAAAAAUAAAUCCUUUUUCCCACACCAAGUUUAUAUAUAAAAAGGUAUGAGGCCAGCGUUUUUCAUUUUUUCAAAUCUUUGCGGAACUGGUCUGUGAAUAUCCACAUCAGAUCGAGGGAGGCAUGGCUUCGGCAGUGAAGCAAACGGCAAAUCAGAGGGUAGAAACUGGACACCAAGAUGUGGUUCACGACAUCGCAAUAGACUACUACGGGAAGCGGAUGGCUACCUGCUCUUCAGAUCGAAGCAUCAAGCUCUUUGGUCUAAGCGGCUCCGACUCCCCGACGCCCCUCGCCACUCUCUCCGGUCAUCAAGGUCCCGUCUGGCAGCUUGCCUGGGCGCAUCCCAAGUUCGGAUCUUUGCUCGCCUCCUGCUCAUAUGACCGACGCGUAAUCGUCUGGCGCGAGGGCGGUCCGCAGGGGAACGAGUGGUCGCAGUUUCAAGUCUUUGCCGAGCACGACGCCUCCGUCAAUUCUAUUUCCUGGGCACCCCAUGAACUUGGUCUCUGCCUUGCCUGUGGUUCUUCUGACGGAUCCAUUACGGUUUUCACGGGUCGAGAAGACGGACCCUGGGACAAGACCAAGAUAGAUCAAGCCCACCAGGUUGGUGUCACUGCAGUCUCAUGGGCGCCUGCUUCGGCUCCUGGUUCUACUGUAGGGCUGCCCACAGAUCCUGUCCAGAAGUUGGUCUCUGGUGGAUGCGACAACACGGCUAAGGUGUGGAAAUUUUACAACGGUACCUGGAAGCUGGAUUGCUUUCCUCCCCUGCAACUACAUACUGAUUGGGUGCGGGAUGUGGCCUGGGCACCCAAUUUAGGGCUUCCCAAAAGCACUAUUGCAAGCUGUUCCCAGGAUGGGACUGUGGUCAUAUGGACUCAGGGGAAGGAGGGAGAUAAAUGGGACGGUAGGGUUUUGAAUGAUUUUAAGACCCCCGUAUGGAGGGUCAGCUGGUCAUUAACUGGAAACAUAUUGGCUGUUGCUGAUGGGAAUAACAAUGUGACACUCUGGAAAGAGGCAGUGGAUGGGGAGUGGAAUCAAGUUACCACAAUAGAGUAAUUCAAUGUUGGUUUCUUGCUUUUGUUGUUAUUUUUCUUACUUUUUAUGGUUUAGAUUGUGUAUUAACCUGAGAUCUCAUGUUAAAGUAGGUUCGGUGGGCAAUUUUUUAUUGCUAGGACAGUUUUUCAUCCUAGAAAUUCCUUGGAAUAGGAUGGGAGUUUCAUUAAUUUGGCAGAUAUUUUUUGUUAUUAUAUCUGAAUCGAUCAAUAUAAAUUACAUAAAUAUAGAGGUUUGGAAA